UUGAUAAUAGUUCAUUAACUGGUUCUUUUUUUCCCCCCUCAGGGAGGUGGUGCAAGCGAACUGUGUUCACUGGAGGAAGAAGUUCUCAUUUAUGUGCAAAAUGAGCGCCAGCGCCGCCACGGGCAUCCUGGAUCCCUGCAUCUACAGGGUGUCUGUGCGCAAGGAAUUAAAAGGUGGAAAAGCUUAUGCAAAGCUGGGCUUUGCAGAUCUAAACCUGGCGGAGUUUGCUGGAUCAGGAAAUACCACUCGUCGCUGUUUACUGGAAGGCUACAAUACCAAAAAUACAAGACAGGAUAACUCCAUCCUUAAAGUUUUCAUCAGUAUGCAGCUGAUGUCUGGUGACCCAUGUUUUAAAACGCCUCCUUCUACGUCCAUGUCCAUACCGAUCGCCGGUGAAUCCGAAUCUCUGGAGGAAGAUAGAAAAGGAGGAGAAACUCUCAAAGUCCACCUUGGAAUCGCAGAUCUCUCAGCAAAGAGCGCCUCUGUUCCAGAUGUGCUCGGAGCCUGUGGACAUUCGAGAACGUCGAGCCAUGCGAGCCAGCAGUCAAAAGUUUCAGGGUACAGCUCGUGCCACUCCCGGUCAUCCAGCCUCUCUGAGCUCUGCCACAGGAGAAACACCUCUGUGGGAAGCACCUCGACGGGCGUGGAAAGUAUUCUAGAGCCAUGUGAUGACACUGAGCAGAAAGGAGCUGAGCCAAAUCUUGAUGCAGCUGAUAGAGAAGACUCGGCUUCAGAGACACUCAGCAGGUGCCCAGUGAAACAAGAUUCUGUAGAAUUUCAGCUAAAGCGAGUUGAUGACACCAGAGUGGACGCCGACGACAUUGUGGAGAAAAUACUGCAAAGCCAAGACUUCAGCCUGGACUCCAGUGCGGAAGAGGAAGGACUGCGGCUGUUCGUGGGUCCUGGAGGGAGGACGACCUUCGGCAGCCACCAUCCUCCCAGCAGAGUCGUGUCCGGAGCCUACGAACAAGUCGUGAUCAAACGCUAGACGCUCAGCUGGCGAGUGGCAGCUUCCCUGUGGGUGUGAGAUGCGGGCAGCUGAGCUGUCAGGCGCUUUCUUGGGAGAAGGUGGUUCUGUUUGAAAAAGGAGGUGUGUCCGUGUGCCCCAAGGAAAGCCAGCACACACACAGGGACCAUCGGACCAUCGGAUGGUAGUGUUGGGGCCCACGUGUCUGUGUGUGUGGAAGUCCACGCUUCCGUGGUCACUGCCCGAGAUCAUGCAAAGACUGCUUUUUCUUUCAAAACCCCCUGGUGGGGAAACAGCACUGUACACCUGGGUCUAGUUAGUGUUGAAGCAUAAAACCUACGACCGAGGUGCACAACAAAUUCUAAUUAAUUUUAUGUUUGAGAGACAAUACAUGACGAUAGAGACCGUAUAAAUUCUGUCAAAAUAGUUACAAUUCCUGCUAAGGGAAUCUUGCAUAUAUUAUACUACCUAGAAUAUUGUACUAAGUUUAACUCAUUUUGAUACAAUUGGUAUAAAAAAGUGUGGGUGUUCAUGCUUUGGGGAAAAGUUAUACUACAAUUGAAACCUUACAGUAAAAUGCUUAAUGUAAACGUA